UGUAAAGUGUGUGUUUGUGCAGGCACUGCUCUCUCGCGGUGAUCAACGCUCUGGCUAAUAUCGCGGCUAACCUGCAGGGGGAGCCGCUGGAGGACGAGCUGCUGGUGAAUCUGCUGGAGCUGUUCGUUCAGCUCGGCCUCGAGGGCAAGAGAGCCAGCGAGCGCGCCAGUGACAAGGGCCCGGCCCUCAAAGCAUCCAGCAGUGCUGGUAAUCUAGGUGUCCUCAUCCCUGUAAUCGCUGUGCUGACCCGCCGAUUGCCCGCCAUUAAGGAGGCCAAACCUCGCCUGCAGAAGCUCUUCAGAGAUUUCUGGCUCUAUUCUGUGGUCAUGGGUUUUGCUGUGGAAGGAUCUGGUCUGUGGCCUGAGGAAUGGUACGAGGGAGUGUGUGAAAUCGCCACUAAAUCGCCUCUGCUCACGUUCCCGAGUGGAGAACCGCUGCGUUCAGAGCUCCAGUACAACUCGGCACUGAAGAACGACACGGUUACUCCGGCGGAGUUGAGUGAACUGCGCAGCACCAUCAUUAAUUUGCUGGAUCCGUCUCCUGAAGCCGCCGCCCUCAUCAAUAAACUCGACUUCGCCAUGUGCACGUACCUGCUGUCUGUCUACCGGCUGGAGUAUAUGAGGAUGUUGCACUCGAAACGAUGCCGACCGCUUCCAGGUGAUGUUCAGAUACUUUGAGGACAAGGCCAUCCAGAAAGAUAAAUCGGGUC